UAUCAGAUAAAUAAACUCUUUGAAUCAUUGAAGUGUAGUGUUUUAUUGAAUGAACAUGCUUUUACCGAUUUUAUACGCCGUCUCUACCUUGGACGCUCUUGCUUUUGCAUUGGUCAUAACUACGAUAAAUCCCUAUGCCUUUUCAUUAGGAGGAACCCAAUUUUAUUUAGGAGUUUUAGGCUCACUAGCAGCCUUAAUUAACCUAUUUUGGAACCCUAUUGUGGGGAGUUUAAGUGACAGUCUUGGACGCAAAAAAAUCCUCCUACUAUGCCUCGCCUUUGUCUUCGUUGGAAAUUUACUAGCGACACUAUUUUCGUCCCUAACUGUACUUUUCAUCUCGCGGAUUUUAUCAACAUUUGGGACCCAAAUCGCAAUCCUGAUCAAGUCGCUCCUUGACGACAAAAUCAAAACAAAAGAAACCAAAAUGGCAGCGAUAUAUCGAAUGCAAGCGAUAGGCGGCAUUGCUUUCAUUUCCGGCGCCCUGAUUGGUGGGCAUUUGAGUGAGCAUGCCAACGGUUUCAGGAUCACAUUUGCCUUGAUAUCUACCAUGGUUGCGGUUAAUUUCGCAUUGAUUUGCCUGAUCCCAGACGUCCACACCACAGAAAAAAAAGCAGUGCCAACACUGCAAAUUGCAACGGAACUGAAAAACGCUGCUGCCAACCUAACCAAAGUUAACUGGCCGAAAUAUUGGGACUUGUUCACUAUGAAACUAAUCGUUGAUUUUGUAAUGAACGUAAUGCAGUUCAAUUUGGGUCUGAUUUUGCAGCAACGUUUCGGCGUCAGUGGAAAACUCUUCGGUUACGUUUUCGCUAUAGCGAGUGUUGUGUCAAUUGCUACGAGUCUAGCGAUGAGCAAAGCGCAGAAAUCUUUGUAUAAAAAUGAUAUUUCUGGGUUACAGAGACUAAAACAUGGAUUUUUGCUCCUAAUGUUGGCUUGUUUGGGGCUCGGUUUGAGCCCCAAUGUAAUUUUAUUUUGUUUGUUUCUUAUGCCAACGUCUGUGACCAGAGUUUUGUUCGAGUCGACUUUUACCGAGAUUAUUUUGGCAAGGGCUUCGCCCCAGGAAAAGGGGAGUAUUAUGGGGACGUUCGAGACGACGCUGUCUCUAGGGGGGCUCACUGCGCCCCUGAUUUCAGGGAUUGUGUCCGAUUUUUGGGGCGAAAUGUACUGUAUUUUAAUGUGUGCGGUGCCCCUUGUGUUGGGAACAGGUUUAAUUUAUUUGCAGAAGAGCAAAACGCAAUAGUUGUAUCAACAACUUAACUUUUUAUUAAACAAUUUUAAAUAAA